CUUUUCACGAUUGCGUCUUUACAGCUCUCACUACCACUUGCAAGAUCGAAAUGAACAACGACCAGUUCAGAAAACUCCUUAAUACACCGGCGCGACAGGAUGGCGCUAACGAAACCCCCCGGCCGAGUGCUGUGCCGUCAUCACUCGGUUCGAAACGUUCAUCUUUCAUGCCCAUGACGCCACGCUCAGUACGAGGAGGUGUUCCUGGAAACGACUUCGCCCGUCAGGUGGCUGAGCGCAAUGCGUCAAAUCGAACGGCAAAGGUGUUCAAAGGCUCCGCUGCACCAAAGGGAUCGCGACUGGGCUCAGGCUUCACCGAUCGCACACAGAAUCGUUACGACGACGAGGCAGAUGAAAAGGCUGCUCGCAUCAACGCUCUAGAAGAACAAGUAAAGCUCGGUCAAUUGGACAACGCAACCUUCGAAGCAUUACGCGAUCAGAUUACUGGCGGUGAUGUCGGUGCCACACAUUUGGUCAAGGGCCUGGAUCGCAAACUUCUCGAACGUGUCAGACGAGGUGAAGAUGUGCUAGGAGGUGCCAAACCUGCAGCCGAAGAAGAUCUGGAAGAUGAAUUUGAAAAGUUCGAAGAGAAGGAAGUGGCUCGUAUUGAGCGGGAGAAGACUGUCAAGAAGGGAGAAAUGGCUCCCCCACCACCAGUCGCCGGCACAAAGAGGUCUAGAGAUCAGAUCUUGGCUGAAUUGAAAGCACAACGGAAAGCACAGGCUGAUGCAAGGUUGGCUGCAAGACCAGAGCUAGGCGACAAGUUUCGUGAUGUGAGUUCUUCUUCGCGUGCAGGUUCACGUGUUGAGGUUGAUUCGAAGGGGCGUGAAGUCCUCAUCACGACCGAUGCGCACGGCAAUGUGAAGAAAAAGGUCAGAAAGAUGCAGGCACCAUCUCAAGAGCCGGUCCAGCCAGUUCAACCACACAAGUUCCUCGAUGAGGGUGUCACAGUACCUGCUCCCAAGCCUGUCGAGAAGCCCGCACAAGCACUCAAUGACGAUUCGGAUGACGAUAUCUUCGACGGUGUGGGCGAUGCAUAUGACCCUCUAGGUGGCAUGGAUGAUGACGAUGACUCUUCUGACGACGAAGACGGCGAGGUGCCUGAAAGAGCACCAAAGCCGGCUACUGUCCCAGUACCGCAAGACACAAAAUCACCGUCCUCCGGAUCGGAAGCACCUUCAGUGACAAAAGAACCCCUGGAAACAUCAAUGCCACCACCUCCGCUACCAGCACAACCCUCAGCACCCCGCAACUACUUCAAGUCUACCACUACCACAAUCGACGACACAGCAGAACCGCAAACGCCACAAAAUCCAUUCAACGAUGCCGCUUUCCUUGCCGCCAUCAAAAAAGCUGGCGCACUAUCAAACAUCUCCCUAUCUCUCAACUCUUCUUCCGAUGACCCAUCAGCGCCCGAGUCUGCUGAAGCCAAAGAAGCGCGCCUACAGAAACGAGCUCAAAUGCUUGCGGCCAGCGAUCGCGAUAUGGACGAUAUGGAUCUUGGCUUUGGCUCCUCACGAUUCGGUGACGAGGAAGAGGCAGAGGAUGGAAAGAGGAUCAAAUUGUCUACUUGGAAGGGUACUGGAGACGAUGACGACGAUGACGGUGAGGAGGGAGGUAGCAAAGAAAAGAAGAAGAGGGGAAGAAGAAGAAAGGGCGAUAAAAAUAAUGCUCAAGAUGUGCUGGGUGUUAUGGAGAGAAGGAAGGAAGCAAACAAAUAGAGCCGCAUAGCGACUAUCGAUAGAGUCUCCGGAAGCCUUGGUUUUUCUCGGCUUCUGUGCCUGCCA